AUGAACGGAUCUGAGGGGGAGCUGGAGUACGAGGAGAUCACUCUGGAGAGGGGGAACUCUGGCCUGGGCUUCAGCAUCGCAGGAGGAACUGAUAACCCUCACAUCGGAGACGACCCGUCCAUCUUCAUCACUAAGAUUAUCCCAGGAGGAGCCGCUGCUCAGGACGGACGCCUCCGGGUGAAUGACAGCAUCGUGUUCGUUAACGAUGUGGACGUCCGGGAGGUGACGCACUCCUUCGCUGUGGAGGCCCUGAAGGAGGCGGGGCCUGUGGUCCGGCUGUACGUCCUGAGGAGACGCCCCCCCAGUGAACGAAUCACCCAGAUCAAACUGCUGAAAGGACCCAAAGGUUUGGGCUUCAGCAUAGCUGGUGGUGUGGGGAACCAACACGUUCCUGGAGACAACAGCAUCUACGUCACCAAGAUCAUCGAAGGUGGAGCGGCCCAUCGUGAUGGACGGCUGCAGAUUGGGGACAAGAUCCUGGCGGUGAACCACAUGUCCCUGGAGGACAUCCUGCAUGAAGACGCUGUGCUGGCCCUGAAGAACACCGGAGAAGUGGUCUACCUAAAGGUGGCCACGCCCACUUCGCACUACAUCCACCAAGUAGAUCGAUACAGCCCUCCAGACCUGACCAGCUCCUACAUGGAGCCGGACUACAUGUGUGAUUACCCACAAGCCCUCCCUCCUCCGUCACCUCGCCGCUACUCCCCCAUCCCCCGCUGCAUGAUGGGAGACGACGAGUACUCCCGGGAACCCCGCAGAGUCUGCAUCCAGAGGGGGUCCACGGGUCUGGGCUUCAACAUCGUCGGAGGAGAGGACGGAGAGGGGAUCUUCAUCUCCUUCAUCCUCGCAGGAGGUCCAGCAGACCUGAGUGGGGAGCUCCGCAAAGGAGACCAGAUCCUCAGUGUGAACGGUGUGGACCUCAGGUACGCGACACAUGAGCAGGCUGCAGCAGCUCUGAAGAACGCCGGUCAGAACGUCACCAUCGUGGCUCAGUACAGACCGGAGGAGUACAGCCGGUUUGAAGCAAAGAUCCACGACCUGAGGGAGCAGAUGAUGAACAGCUCAUCCGGCAGUCUGCGAACCAACCGUACCUUCUACGUGAGAGCCCUGUUUGACUACGAUAAGCAGUGGGACUGCGGAGUCCUGUCUCAGGCUCUGGACUUCAACUUUGGGGAGGUCCUUCAUGUGAUUGACAGCGCUGACGACGAAUGGUGGCAGGCCAGACGGCUGAACCAGCAGGGGGAGCUGGAGGAGCUGGGAUACAUCCCGUCCAAACACAG